AUGCCUCGGCCAGCAACCUCAGCCGGCAAAAAACAGGCGCUUACCUUUGGCCAACUUGCGGCAUACGAUGACAUCUUGACCGACGCUUUGGUCGACCACGUGUACUACUGGACAACGAUCCCGAAGAACCGCCCUUCAUACCACCCUUCACGCGGCGUCCGGGAGGAAGAGAUUGCGAAUAUCAUCCAGACUCACCUGAUUGUCAAUCCGGAGGUGGCCAUCGCCGAGGAGAAACUCUUAGCGACCGACGGGCUGAAGAAGUUCCACAACUCUCUCAAGACGCUCAAAGAGAAGGAGGAUUUCAAGGGGCAUCUCCGACGUUACAUGUCCAUUUACCUACCCGACUGCCCGUUUGAAGUAAAUGCAACAAACCGUUACACGAUCGAGUCAUACGAAGCGAGUAUCACAGCGCGACGGCCCAUUCGACGCAAUGAAGCAAUCAAGUACUUGGCUGGUAUCCAGGUGACUGUCUCGCCGGAGGAGGAGGCUCAAUUGGCACUGCGCAAAAAGGAUUUCAGCCUCGUGGUGAGCAGCAGGAGCAAACUGACAAGCCUGUUCAUGGGGCCAGCGAGGUUUGCAAACCACGACUGCAAGGCGAAUGCCCGGCUCGUUACUCGCGGCCAGGCAGGGAUCGAAAUCUUCGCGAGCCGGGACAUUGAUAUGGGCGAAGAAAUCACAGUCACCUACAGUGAGAGCUACUUUGGAGAAGAUAAUUGCGACUGCCUCUGCCAAACCUGCGAGGACAACGCUACGAACGGAUGGAAGGGCGCAGAGGGCGCGGCGUCAGUGCAUAGGAGCAUUGAGCCCGCCACAUUUUGCGUCGACCAAGGGUAUUCGCUACGCCGACGGCAACGGGACCGCAGUGCUAGCGCCACGGGCUCCCGCACACCGUCAGUCACGCCGGAUAUCCGACCCCGAGUCUUGAAGACCGCAAGGAAUCAAUCGAGGGCUGGCGAAAGAACAUCAACAACGGAUUCCGCCGACCCCGAUAUGCUGAGUGUCCCAGCCGUUCGCCGGAAACGAAAGCUAGAUACUAUGUGUCUCAGCUCACCCCCGCUCACGCCGGCCAAACGCCCGAAAACAACCCAAUAUGAAGUCGUUCCAAUAGUGAUGGACGCUAGGUUUUCCAGGGAUAGUCCAACGACGAGUGGGGCGGCGAGCGAAUCUGUGUCGUCAGAGGACGACAAAGCGGUUCUUACGGAGGCCACGUCGCCGGAAUCCGACAACCCGGACCCUCUCCUUUCGCCAGAAUUAUCUCCCGUCAAGCAGAGCGUUGCCCCCUUGGCGAGUUCGUCGGAGGCACCCAAGCCUACGUCUAUUUUAUCCGUGACAAAACGCGAAGAACUCGACGUGGCCGCUCCUUCCUCCAGGCCCGAAGAGGAAACACCACAACAGCCUGUUGCAGCCCCAGCGACGGUACUGCCCAUUUCUGCCGAGUUAUUGCGCCUCCAGGACGCGGAAAAUCGGGAACGCCAGGAUUCCCAAGAGACAAUCUUGGAACAUCUCAGUACAGUGGACGCUGGUCCGCUUGCUGAGCCGGUAUUGCCCGUUCUUAACGAUCAGGGCAAGCACCAGGAGGAAACGGAGACGAGAAUCAAGCGAGAGGCGAGCGCAGCUCCAGCCUUGGCGGAUCUUAUAACAGUCACAGAGCCUGCCGAAGAGAAUGCUGCGGCCGGUCCGACCCCAACAACGAGGCGAAAGAAACGUGGAGCCCUCGAGCCACCCGUCAGCAAGCCCGCGGAUAGACUCCGCAUCCCCGGCGACUACACGCUCACACCUCUCCUCCUUUCUGAGCCCGAGACCGCAUGGAUCCAUUGCACCAACUGCAACACCGCGUUCGUCCAGCGCGACGCAUACUACACGCGGGCCAACUGCGCCCGGUGCGAGCGCCACUCCAAGCUCUACGGGUUCGUGUGGCCCAAGACGGCACCGGCCGGCAAGCACGACAAGGAGGAACGCGUGCUGGACCACAGGCUUAUCAACCGUUUCCUGCACCCGGAGGACGAGGCUAUCAUCCGGGGCCGCAAGCCCUGGAGGGAUCGGCUCGGCGGGGACCGCAGCAGUAUGUCGAGCUCUGUGGCACGUAGUGAGUCAAGUGGCGGGGUCAUGAGAGGGAGGGUGGAAAAGGUCAAGGGGAUGGAGGCGAACGCGGCAGGUAAUCCGACGGCGCGCCGUAGUGGGCGGGCCCGGAGGGCUAGCGCGAAGGCCCUUGGGGAGUGA